AUGAGUGCAGAACCUGCGGCCAAGACGAAGCCCGACUUCGACAUUGUCGCGACCUAUCGUCGAAUCCUAGAAGAUGAUCCCGAGCUUACUAUGCCCGUCGCGGCCAUCGAGGCGCUCGUCGAAGCAAUCGCACAAAGUUCCGUGUCAACCGUCGCCGAGACUCUCGAUCUUCUCGAACGCCACACUGCCGCGCUGAAGGCUUCAAUCGCAAACCCCAUAUCUCUCUCUGCCGGCACCGACCUCUUCCAGCGCUAUCUUAUUACCACCCUCAACCGCCCCGCCAGCCUAAAUCUGGGCCCAGAAGAUGAUUUCCGUGCGAUACGAAACCACUUGCUCUCUAACGGAAAGCUGUUUGUGGACAGAGCAAAGCAGAGCAGGGAGAAGAUAGCCAGUUUUGGCAAGCACUUCAUCCGGGACGGCGGCACUGUGCUUACAAACGGUGGCUCGCGAGUAGUGGGUGCGCUAUUGAGAAGGGCGGCCGAAUCAAGCACUCUCCGCUUCAAGGUCGUAUAUGUCCUGCCAUCUGAAAGCUCGCUCGAUUCAAAGGAGGGGUUACAGACGGUUGCCGAUCUCCGAGAACACAACGUACCGGUGGCCACGAUCCCAGACUCGGCAGUUGCAUACUCGUUGGGCAAGGUCGACAUGAUCAUUGUGGGCGCCGAAGGAGUUGUAGAAAACGGAGGAAUAAUAUCGCGCAUGGGAACAUACCAGCUGGGCGUGCUGGCCAAGAGCAAGGGAAAGCCAUUCUACGUCGUGGCCGAGAGCCACAAGUUCGUCAGGCUCUACCCGCUGAGCCAGUUCGACUUGCCAAUCGAGCAGAAAGUCUUGGACUUCAAGGUGGCCGAGGAAAACAAGGCUGAGCAAAAUAUCAAGGGUGAACAAGAGCAGCGUAAUGUCUUCGACGAGGCCAUUGCUGACAUGACCGCAAAACAAGGCUCGACAGUCGCUCCGCUCGACGCACAUGACGCCGUUGAUUUCACUCCUCCAGAUUUGAUCUCUGGAAUCAUCACUGAGUCAGGCGUCCUCACUCCGUCUGCAGUCUCGGAGGAGCUGAUCAAGAUAUGGUUCUGA